CGCGGGAGAGCGGAGACCCCACCCGACCCCCCGGGACCCCCGGACCCUCCGCCCGCUGUCGAGGGAGGGCGACCGCCAGGCGCCGGCCGCGCCGCCUCACUUCCUCGCGGGCGACAUGGCGGGCGACGAGUCGGGAGUGACGCUGGGGCAGGCGCAUCUCUCCCGCCAGGAUCUCACCACCCUGGAUGUUACCCAGUUGACGCCUCUUUCCCACGAAGUCAUCAGCAGGCAAGCCACUAUUAAUAUAGGUACAAUUGGGCACGUGGCUCACGGCAAAUCGACAGUAGUAAAGGCCAUCUCGGGAGUGCACACCGUCCGAUUCAAGAACGAACUGGAGAGAAACAUCACCAUCAAGUUGGGCUACGCCAAUGCCAAGAUCUACCAACUGGAUGAUCCCAGUUGCUCCCGGCCAGAAUGUUACCGGUCUUGCGGCAGUAGCACCCCCGACGAAUUUCCCACGGACAUUCCAGGGACCAAAGGGAACUUCAAGCUAGUCAGGCACGUCUCCUUCGUGGAUUGUCCCGGCCACGACAUCUUGAUGGCGACCAUGCUCAACGGUGCCGCCGUCAUGGACGCCGCUCUGCUUUUGAUAGCGGGGAAUGAGUCUUGCCCUCAGCCUCAGACCUCGGAGCAUCUGGCGGCCAUCGAAAUCAUGAAGCUGAAACACAUUCUGAUUCUACAGAAUAAGAUCGACCUGGUGAAAGAAAGCCAGGCCAAGGAGCAGUACGAGCAGAUCCUCGCGUUCGUCCAAGGUACCGUGGCGGAGGGCGCCCCCAUCAUCCCCAUCUCCGCCCAGCUCAAGUACAACAUCGAGGUCGUCUGCGAGUACAUCGUGAAGAAGAUCCCCAUCCCGCUCCGAGACUUCACGUCGGAACCCAGGCUCAUCGUCAUUCGGUCCUUCGACGUCAACAAGCCCGGCUGUGAAGUGGACGACCUCAAGGGGGGCGUGGCCGGUGGUAGUAUCCUCAAGGGGGUAUUGAAGGUGGGCCAGGAGCUGGAAGUGCGGCCCGGGAUCGUCUCGAAGGACAGCGAAGGGAAGCUCAUGUGCAAACCCAUCUUCUCCAAGAUCGUGUCGCUCUUCGCCGAGCACAACGACCUUCAGUACGCCGCCCCGGGAGGCCUCAUCGGGGUCGGGACGAAGAUCGACCCCACGCUGUGUCGAGCGGACCGGAUGGUGGGCCAGGUGCUGGGGGCGGUCGGCGCCCUCCCCGAAAUCUUCACCGAGCUGGAGAUCUCCUACUUCCUCCUGCGAAGGCUGCUCGGAGUUCGCACCGAAGGAGACAAGAAGGCCGCCAAGGUGCAAAAGCUGUCCAAGAACGAAGUGCUGAUGGUGAACAUCGGCUCCCUGUCCACCGGCGGCCGCGUCAGCGCCGUCAAGGCCGACCUGGGCAAGAUCGUCCUGACCAACCCCGUGUGCACCGAAGUGGGAGAGAAGAUAGCCCUCAGCCGGAGGGUCGAGAAGCACUGGCGUCUCAUCGGUUGGGGCCAGAUAAGAAGAGGAGUCACCAUCAAACCCACCGUGGACGAAGACUGAAGCGUGGCCGGCCGACUCCCCGGGGAGAGACAGAGAAGCCAAGGAGGUUUUCCGCUCCAGAGAUCCGGGAGCCUCUUUUCAGAGCAGUAACAGAAAUUGGUCUCUCCCUCCCUGAACUUCAGGAGAAGCGGUUUGACCAUCUUCUUUUUCUUUGUCUCUCUCCUUCUCUCUCCCUCUCUCUAUCUCUCUCUCGCUCUCUCGCUCUCUCUCUCUCCUUGUGAGGAAAAGUUCACCCCCUAGAAUUCACAAGGUGGCCGCUACCGACGACAAAAUUGGCUUCUUCGCGGGUUGGAUCGGCAUUUCAGCAGGAAUCAUCAGCCUGAAACCCCACCCAUCCUAGCGGGUUUCAGAGAGAGGGCCAGAUGAGUCCAGCCCCUAAGCCACCUUGGCUGUAGAAGAAGCUGGGAAACCAGAUUUUGUUUUUUUGAAAAAAAAGUAUCCAUGAUCAUUUUCUUGUUGCUUCUGAAGUCUCCCGGGCUGCAAAGAUUGUUCCACCGGUGAAAGAACUCUAAGAAGAAUAAACUUUGUCUGAAGACCGGUCCGA